AUGAGAUUUUUAACUUGCUAUGAUAAACUAAGCUCUCUAGCUUAUUGUCUUAUCUUGUUGUAUGUUCAGCUUAUUGCCUCUAGUUCUGAUGAAGCAGAGGCUCUCCUCAAAUGGAAAGCCACCUUCCAAAAUCAAACCCAGCUGCAAAAUCUAACCUCAUGGACUUACCCUCCCAGUAAUGUCAAUUCCACCAACUCUUCUGGCAAUCCGUGCAAUAUGUGGACUGGUAUUUCAUGCAACACAGCUGGAAGUGUCAACAGGAUAAACCUUACCAAUUCUGGUUUACAAGGUACAUUACACGAAUUCGCUUUCUCGUCUUUCCCUAAUCUUGAAUAUCUUGACCUCAGCAUCAAUAAAUUCUUGGGUUUCAUCCCACCUCAAAUCAGUUCCCUCUCCAAACUCAUUCACCUUGAUCUCUCUUCUAAUCAGUUUUCUGGGAAAAUCCCAUCAGAAAUCGGUCUCCUUACAAAUCUUAAGUUCCUGAAACUACAUGAAAAUAAGUUAAAUGGCUCAAUUCCUCAAGAACUUGGCCAGCUUAACUUUCUUAAUGAACUUGCCAUGUCCACCAAUAAUCUAGAGGGCUUAGUUCCUGCUUCUCUGGGUAGUAUGAGUUACCUGACUUCUCUGCAUCUUUAUGACAAUCACCUUUCUGGUUCCAUUCCUCCAGAACUUGGAAAUCUUUCUAAUUUGGUUGAACUCUACAUGGACACCAACAAUUUCACCGGUCCUAUUCCUCGAACUUUUGGAAACUUAAAAAAGCUGACCAUGUUGCAUUUGUUCAACAAUCAACUUUCUGGUUCUAUCCCUUCAGAAAUAGGAAAUUUGAAGCCUCUAAUAGAAUUACUCUUAUAUAGAAACAAUCUUUCUGGUUCAAUCCCAACACAUUUAGGUUAUCUGGCAAACCUUACCCUUCUCUUUCUCGAUGAAAAUAAGCUUUCCGGUACAAUUCCUAAAGAGAUAGGGAACCUGAAAUCUGUUCUGGAAGUACACUUGAGCAAAAACUACUUAACAGAAAUAGGAAACUUGAAGUCUCUAGUAGAAUUAUUCCUUUACAGGAACAAUCUUUCUGGUUCAAUCCCGGCAUGGAUUGGUGAUAUGAGAAAUCUUACACAUGUCAAUCUGUUUGGAAAUAAACUUUCCGGGGCUAUUCCUAAAGAGGUUGGGAACUUGAAAUCUAUGGUGGAUCUAGACUUGAGCCAGAAUCAACUCAACGGUUCAAUUCCCACUUCAUUUGGUGGUUUGAGAAACUUGGAAGUCUUAUCCCUCCGUGACAACCAACUCUCUGGUUCAGUCCCCCAAGAGAUAGAAAAUCUAGUGAAGUUGACUCUGUUGUAUUUAGAUACUAACCAGUUUUCUGGUUAUUUGCCCCAAAAUAUUUGCCAAGGUGGAUCACUCACAGAAUUUACAGCAAACAACAACCAUUUUGUUGGUCCAAUCCCCAAAAGCUUAAAAACCUGCACCACCUUAUCCUUUGUCCGCCUUAGUUGGAACCAGUUGACAGGCAAUAUAUCUGAAGACCUUGGUGUUUAUCCGAAUCUUCAAUCUAUGGAUCUAAGCCAUAAUAACUUAAAUGGUGAAAUCUCACACAAAUGGGGACAAUGUGCACAAUUAACAACCCUACUAAUUGCAGGAAACAACCUUACCGGCAGUAUACCACCUGAGAUUGGCAAUGCAACCCUAAUUCAUGAACUUGAUAUUUCUUCAAAUAGUUUAGUUGGGAUGAUCCCAAAAGAAUUUUGGAGACUGACUUCUUUGGUGAAGCUGAUGUUGCAGGGGAAUCAACUUUCAGGUCGUAUACCUUCCGAAUUCGGAUCACUGAUUGAUCUCGAAUAUCUUGACCUAUCCACAAACAAGUUCGAUGGGUCAAUACCUAGCACUAUAAGUGACUUGUACAGAUUACACUACCUGAAUUUGAGCAACAACAAGUUUAGUCAAGGAAUUCCUUUUCAGUUGGGAAAGCUAGUUCACUUGUCCCAACUAGAUUUAAGUCAUAACUUGCUUGAAGGUAAGAUACCUUCAGAAAUAAGCAACAUGGAGAGUUUGGAGAUGCUCAACCUUUCCCACAAUAAUCUUUCUGGCUUUAUUCCAAUGAGUUUUGAAGACAUGAUGGGUUGUCGUAUGUUGACAUAUCCUACAAUGACUUGGAGGGUCCCCUGCCCAACAGCAGUGCAUUUCGGAAUGCUCUUCCGGAAGCAUUGCUGGGGAACAAGGACUGUGCGGCAACAUUGGAGCUCUGAAAUCCUGCAAACAUAA